AUGACUGUCUGUGCCCAAUGGGUGGUGCGAAACUAUGACGAAAACCACCAAGGAGUUGACAUAUCCCUGCAGUCUUCCUCUCCUUUCCCAUCCUGUAAAUUGCGGAGACAGUUUUACUUUAAUGGGGUGCACAAGCCAGGUGAUGUGAUUCUAGGUGGGCUGUUUGAGGUCCACUACACAUCGGUCUUCCCUGAAGAGACGUUCACCUCAGAACCACAUCAGCUCAUCUGCCAAGGCUUUGACACUCCAGGGUUCAGGCAUGCCAUGACCAUGGCCUUUGCUAUUGAUGAGAUCAACAAAAACUCCAACCUGCUACCUAAUGUGACUCUGGGAUACAGUCUUUAUGACAACUGUGCAACACUUGUAAUUGGAUUCAGUGCUGCAUUAUCAAUGGCCAGUGGUCGAGAAGAGCAGUUUCUGCAAAAAGAGACAUGUUUGGGAACCCCUCCAGUCCUGGGGAUUGUGGGUGAUUCCAUCUCAACAUCUUCUAUUGCCACCUCUGAUGUGAUAGGUUUAUUUAGAUUGCCCAUUGUGAGUUAUUUUGCCACAUGCUCCUGCCUAAGUGAUAGGGGAAGGUUUCCAUCGUUCUUUAGAACAAUCCCAAGUGAUGCUUUCCAGGUGCGUGCCAUGAUUCAGAUUCUGAAACACUUUGGCUGGACUUGGGCAGGUCUGCUGGUCAGUGAUGAUGAUUAUGGACUCCAUGUUGCCCGAUCCUUUCAAUCAGACCUGGCUCAGUCUGGUGGAGGUUGUCUAGCCUACUCAGAGAUUUUACCCUGGGGUGACAACCCAGCUGAAAUAAAAAGGAUUGUGGAAGUGAUGAAGACAUCCACAGCUCGUGUGGUCAUUGUGUUUGCACAUCGGAUCCACAUGAUUCAACUUAUGGAAGAGGUGAGGCAGUUUUGGGAGCAGACGUUCCAGUGUAGAUUUGCUUCACCUCCAGCAGGUUGGAUGGAGGCUGGGGAAGAACCGUGCACUGGUGAUGAAGACCUAGAGAGUGUGGAGACUGAGUUUUUGGAUGUUUCUAAUCUCAGGCCUGAGUACAAUAUUUACAAGGCUGUGUAUGCCCUGGCAUAUGCCCUUGAUGACAUGCUGCAGUGUGAGCCAGGGAGACGACCUUUCAGCAGGCACAGCUGUGCCACUCUGCAAACAUUGGAGCCGUGGCAGACAAUCAGGGGAUUCAAAUNAACUAAAGUUCAGAAUGUGGGAGUUGUUAAGAAGUUGGCCUCCAAAGGUGAAGAACUCACACUUGAUGAAGACAAAAUCUUCUGGAACUUUGAAUCCAAACAGCCACCCCAGUCAGUGUGCAGUGAGAGCUGUCCUCCAGGUACCCGCAUGGCUAGAAAAAAGGGGCAGCCUGUGUGUUGCUUCGACUGUGUCCCUUGUUCUGAGGGAACGUUCAGCAAUGAAACAGACUCCAUGGAGUGCACCAGUUGUCCAGAGGAUUUCUGGUCCAGCCCCCAGGGUGACCACUGUGAUCCUAAGGAAACAGAGUUCCUCUCCUAUAAUGAGCAUCUGGGUAUCUGCCUGACAACAGCCUCAUUGCUGGGCACAUUUAUCUGUGAUGUUGUCCUGGCAAUCUUCAUCUAUCAUCGCAGUACACCUAUGGUACGUGCCAACAAUUCAGAACUGAGUUUCCUGCUCUUGGUGUCACUUAAAUUAUGUUUCCUGUGUUCUCUGCUGUUUAUUGGACGUCCCAGGCUGUGGACAUGCCAACUGAGACAUGCAGCAUUUGGGAUCAGCUUUGUGCUUUAUGUAUCAUAUAUAAUGAUAAAAACAAUGGUGGUUCUGGCUGUGUUCAAGGCCUCCAAGCAAGGAGGUGGGGCCAGCCUGAAAUGGUUUGGUCCUUUGCAGCAGAGAGGAACAGUUAUGGUUCUUAAAUCUCUUCAGGGAGCAAUCUGCACUGCUUGGCUUGUCUCUUCAUCACCAGCUCCUCAUAAAAACACUCAAUACCACAAUGACAAGAUAGUUUAUGAGUGUGUAGUUGGGUCCACCAUUGGUUUUGGAGUGUUACUGGGCUAUAUUGGCUUAUUGGCCAUCCUCAGCUUCCUGUUAGCAUUCUUGGCAAGGAAUCUUCCAGAUAACUUUAAUGAGGCCAAACUCAUCACUUUCAGCAUGCUGAUCUUCUGUGCAGUGUGGGUGGCCUUUGUCCCUGCUUAUGUCAACUCCCCAGGAAAAUAUGCAGAUGCAGUGGAGGUAUUUGCCAUCAUGGCCUCAAGUUUUGGCCUGCUGGUUGCUCUGUUUGGACCCAAAUGUUACAUAAUCCUGGUGAGACCAGAGAGGAACACAAAGAAAGCAAUCAUGGGUCGAGGAACCCCCAAGACAUAA